UAUAUUGAUCCCCUUAUCCACGUCACCACCCAAAUUCCUACAUGUACGCUGACGUGUACGAUGACAUGGCACAUUAUUGGCCCUCACUACCUCCACGUCAUCACAAAGAAUAUAAUAUCAUCGUGUUCUAUGAACCAGUAGAUCGAAAACGCUUCUGUGUGUUGUAAAACGUCCUUUUACGAACCCUAGAUUUACUCUUCAUCUGAAUACGAUUCAAUUGACGAUAAUUUGUGACGUUUUUGUUGAAUUCUGUUGAUUAUUUUUCAGAAUUUGAGUUUACAGUUGCUUGUUAGCAGAUGAUUUGACCGAAUUUGAGUGUUUCAGCUAUAUUUUUCAGAGUUUGAGCAUACAGUUCUCCGUUAUCUGCGUAUUAUUCGCUUAAAUGAUACGGUAACCGGCAGUUUUAUUCCUUGGAGACAAAGUUAUGUGCCACUUCUCUUCGAAGAAAGAAUUAUUUUUGCUGUGGCAGACGUGCACUGUAUUCUUAAUUGUUUCGUUUGAAUCUGGUUGAUGAGGAGUGUUGGGGCGAGCACUAGUGUCCCGGCAACGUACAGUUCUGCAGAACUCAAUCACCAUAACCGAAAGGAGCUGAAGGAAGUGAGAGAUGGAGCUGCAUUUAAUGGUCAGAUAGUGUCUGAGGAAGAUGAGUCAAGGGUUAAUGGCGAUGUAAACGGUGGUAGGAAAAUAGAGUUGGUCAAAUCACAGGAUGCUGUUAAACGACAGCAGCAGCAGCAACCUCAAGGGCCUGUGAUUCAGUGGGAGAGGUUUCUGCCUCUUAGGUCCCUCAAAGUUUUGCUUGUGGAAGAUGAUGACUCAACUCGACAAGUUGUCAGUGCCCUGUUACGUAAUUGCAGCUAUGAAGUUACUGCUGUAGCAAACGGUUUAGAAGCAUGGAAAGUACUGAUUGAUCUCAACAAACAAAUCGAUCUAGUUUUAACAGAGGUAGUGAUGCCAUAUCUAUCAGGAAUAGGCCUUUUGACCAAGAUCAUGAACCUCGUGCCCCGCAAAAAUAUUCCAGUGAUCAUGAUGUCAUCUGAUGACUCUAUGGGUAUAGUCUUUAACUGUUUAUCCAAAGGUGCAGUUGACUUUUUAGUCAAACCCAUUCGAAAGAAUGAGCUUAAAAACCUCUGGCAGCAUGUGUGGAGGAAAUGUCACAGUUCUAGCGGUAGUGAGAGUGAGAGUGGUGUUGGUGCUCAUAAACCUACAAAUGCGAGAAGAAUUGAAGUAUCCGAUGACGAUAGUGAUGACAGCGAUGAGGAUGAUGACAGGAGCAUAGGCCUGACCGCUAAGGACGGAAGUGAUGAUGGUAGUGGCACUCAGAGUUCCUGGACAAAAAAAGCGGUUGAAGUUGAAAACACAAAGUAUUCGUGGGACCAAUUAACGGGGGCACCUGAUAGCACGUGUGCCCAGGUUAUCCAUGCGAGACCAGCAAGAGAGCAUGCUGGAGAGGAUGAUAAAUUAGGGAAAGAUUUGGAAAUAGGAGCCCCUAGAAAUUCAGAAAAAAAAAUUGAAUCAAACUUGAAAGAAGCGAGUGAACCAAGAACCAAAUCUGUUAAUAACGGUAUGGUUGCUAAAGCAAAUGAAUCGCUAAAUAACAAGGGCCCACCUGCCCUUGAACUCAGUUUGAAGAGACCACUAGACUUGGAGGAUACCGAUACCAGCACCCAUAAACGAAAUGUUUUAAAACAGUCCGACCUUUCGGCUUUUUCGAGGUAUAACACGACAUCCAAUGCCAAUCAAGCUCCAACCGCAAACGUAGGCAGCUGUUCACCAGUAGACAUUACUAUUAGCUCAGAAGCAGCAAAACCCGCGAACAUACAAUCUAACUCAAACGGAGCCCCGAAUCUAGGAUCUAACGGUAGUAGCACUCAGAACAACGAUAUGGGCUCGAGCACCAACAAAGCAUUGGAUGACAAAGCAAUUGUUCCCGGUCUUUGUGACGGUGACAAGGCAGCAUCACAGUUUCAAGUCCGCCACCAUUACCACCACUACCACCUCCAUCACCACCAUCAUGUCCAUGAGACACAACAGCAGCAAGAAUCGGCUACACAGGCUGAAGGAAAUGCUGCUAAUUAUGGAAGUGGAUCGGGUGGAAGUAACAAUAAGAGUAAUGGCGAAAAUGGCAGUUGUGGCGAAAAGGUCAUAGCUGAAGGAGGUGAUAAUGGAGUUGCUGAGAAGGGUAAAACGGGAAAUUUAAGUGGAAGUGGAAGCGCGAGUGGUGUUGAUCAAGACCGAUUAGCUCAGAGAGAAGCCGCCCUUAAUAAAUUCCGCCAAAAGAAGAAAAAAAGAUGCUUUGAAAAAAAGGUACGAUACCAGAGCAGGAAGAAGCUGGCAGAACAGAGACCUCGGGUUCGUGGGCAAUUCGUUAGACAAGGGGUGAACGGGAAGGAUGCGGAUUCAUAACGUUUAUUUGGAUUAUGGAAUAUGUAUAUGAAGGUGAAUUAUGUAGAUAUGAAGGGAACAUUUUCCAUCAAGGACUCUUCAGAAAGAAGAAAAAGUGCAGACUCCCCUCAUUGGUGUGGUAAGUUUCUGUUUUAUAAGGUCUCUGGUUUGAUCCUAAUAGGGAAAGACUCUAUGCCCAAUAAAGAAUUCUAUAAUUUUAUUUUAAUUUGGUUGUUGGACUCAUUUUGUGCGACUUUAACGACACUUUUUAUGUGUUUAUGUUGUUUAAUCAAUGUACAUUCAACUUUUAUGCC